UCUCCUUCUGCUUCUCCAGCAUCAUCCGUUGUGGAGAGUCCUCUCCUUCUGCUUCUCCAGCAUCGUCUGUUGUGGGAGCGUGCUCUCCUUAUGUUUCUCCGUUGUCAUCCAUUGUGGGAGUGUGCUCUUCUGCUUCUCAAGCAUCAUCCGUCGUGGGAGCAUCCUCUCCUUCGGCUUCUCCAGCAUUGCCCGUUGCGGGAGCGCCCUCUCCUUCUGCUUCUCAGCAUCAUCCGUUGUGGAGAGUCCUCUCCUUCUGCUUCUCCAGCAUCGUCUGUUAUGGGAGCAUGCUCUCCUUAUGUUUCUCCGUUGUCAUCCAUUGUGGGAAUGUGCUCUUCUUCUGCUUCUCAAGCGUCGCCCGUCACGGGAGCACCCUCUCCUUCGGCUUCGCCAGCUUCACCUGUUGCAGGAGCGCCCUCUCCUUUGGCCUCUCCAUCGUCAUCCGUCGUGGGAGCAUUCUCUCCUUCUGCUUCUCCAGCAACAUCCAUCGUGGGAGCAUCCUCUCCUUCUGCUUCUCCAGCAACAUCCAUCGUGGGAGUGCCCCCUUCUUCUGCUUCUCCAACAUCGUCUGUUGUGGGAGAGCCCUCUCCUUAUGUUUCUCCAUCGUCGUCCGUUGUGGGAGCAUGCUCUCCUUCUGCUUCUUCAGCAACAUCCGUCGUGGGAGCAUGCUCUCCUUCUGCUUCUUCAGCAACAUCCGUUGUGGGAGCAUUCUAUCCUUCUGCUUCUCCAACAUCGUCUGUUGUGGGAGAGUUCUCUCCUUAUGUUUCUCCAUUGUUGUCCAUCGUGGGAGCAUGCUCUCCUUAUGUUUCUCCAUUGUCCGUCAUGGGAGCAUCCUCUCCUUCUGCUUCUCCAGCAACAUCCCUCGUGGGAGUGCCCUCUUCUUCUGCUUCUUCAACACUGUCUGUUGUGGGAGAGCCCUCUCCUUAUGUUUCUCCAUCGUCGUCCAUUGUGGGAGCAUGCUCUUCUUAUGUUUCUCCAUCAUUGUCCGUCAUGGGAUCAUCCUCUCCUUCUGCUUCUCCAACAUCGUCUGUUGUGGGAGAGCUCUCUCCUUAUGUUUCUCCAUCGUCGUCCAUCGUGGGACCAUGCUCUUCUUAUGUUUCUCCAUCAUUGUCCGUCGUGGGAGCAUCCUCUCCUUUGGCUUCUCCAGCAAGAUCUGUCGUGGGAUUGCCCUCUUCUUCUGCUUCUCUAACAUUGUCUGUUGUGGGAGAGCCCUCUCCUUAUGUUUCUCCAUCGUUGUCCGUCAUGGGAGCAUCCUCUCCUUCUGCUUCUCCAGCAAUGUCCAUUGUGGGAGUGCCCUCUCCUUCUGCUUCUCCAGCAUCAUCCGUUGUGGAGAGUCCUCUCCUUCUGCUUCUCCAGCAUCGUCCAUCGUGGGAGCAUGCUCUCCUUAUGCUUCUCCAUUGUCAUCCAUUGUGGGAGUGUGCUCUUCUUCUGCUUCUCAAGCAUCGUCCGUCGCGGGAGCACCCUCUCCUUAUGUUUCUCCACCAUCGCCCGUCAUGGGAGCGAUACCUCACGCUGCUUUUUCAGCUUCAUCUGCCAUUGGAAGACCACAUCCUGCUGGUUCCUCAGCUUUGUUCACUGGGAAAGUUAUGUCCCCCGCUGCUUCACCAGCUCCGCCUGUUGUGGGUGCGCCAUCUCCUGUGCGGUCUCUAGCAUUGUAAUUCUAGAGUGCGCCCUGUCUGGCACUGCCUCUAGCAUCGUCCUUCUGGUGUAUGCCAUUUACCGUGUUGCCUUUAGCAUUGCCCUUCUGGUGAGUGCCGUUUCCAGCACCGCCACGUGCCUUGUCCUUCUGGUGAACACCGCCUACAGCGUUGCCUUUAGCCUUGUCCUUCAGGUGAGCACUGUCACUGGCGUUGUCACUUGCCUUGUCUUUUUGGUGAGCGCCAUCUCCGGCAUCACUUUUAACACUGCCCUUCUGGUGAGCACCAUCUCUGGCGCUGCCCCUUGCUUCGUUCUCCUGGUGGGGGCCAUCAGCAGUGCUGCCAGUCCUGGCAGCACCCUGGGCAGCGUGGCCUGUUUUGGGAGCGCCGUCUCUGUCAUUGCCUGUGGCGUCAUCCUUCUGGUGAGCGCCGUCUCCAGCACCACCAAUAGCAUCGUCCUUCUGGUGUACGCCGUCUACAGCAUUGCCUUUAGCAUUGUCCUUCCACUGAGCGCCAUCUCCGGCACUGCCUCUUGCCUUGCCCUUCUGGUGAACCCCGUCUACUAUGUUGCCUUUAGCAUUGUCCUUCAGGUGAGCGCUGUCUCCUGGUGAGUGGCCAUGUUCCCAUCAAAAUACAUUGAAAUCACAGGAAGUGCUUACCUAUUUAAAAGGAUGUUUAAAGAGUAGUCUCAAUCCACUUGAGCAUACCUGCUUAAAACACUGAAAACAGGACAGGGGCAUUAUCGAUCAGUAUGGAGCUGCACUAACUUCUCCUUAAAUGCAGGGAAAAAAAGAAGUUUCUGAAUUCAUAGUGCUGAAAACCUGCAUACAAUGGAGAUAAUUUAAAAAA